AUGGCCGAUAUAACUUCCUUCAGGACAUUGGCCCAUCUUGUUCGCAUUUCGGAUGCCUACGAACAAUCCGCUGAGCCUGCAAAUGCUAAAUCAUGCACUUCAUUUCCUUUAGAAGAAGCAAGCAAUACUUGUUCACCUGCAAUUAUUCCCUACUCGGUUGGUGGCUCACGUCAAUUGUUAUUGGAGGUCCCUGGGGAGGCGUCUCUUUUCACUACGCCGGCUGUCGCCGUAUCUGCAACCACCAAACCAGUCUCUCCCUUUACCCCUUCCCAAUCUGAUUCUGGCUCCGUCUCUGUUACAACACAGGAUGAGUCUGAGAUAGUAGAUGUGGGUAGGCCAGUUUCUACAACUCAUCCUCCUCCUGAAACAGGUAAUACUAAAGCAUAG